GUCGACCGCAUCACAAUGAAGCCAUUUCGAUGUUUGCCAGACACCAUCGACCAUCUGUAACACCAUCGCCACAAGGCUCGCCGGGGCGCCUGAUGCGCUUCGGUAACCACUUGGCAGCUCGCGAACCCGAAGAAGCAGCCGCUCGCGUAUGGUCGUCUAUACUAAUCAGAGUCGCCCAUGUCGGCCUCCCACUGUUUUGUAAUCACCAGGUUACAAUGGAAAAAGCUGGUUCCCUUUAAAAACAGCGCUAUGACAUUGUCCUCUGCGGACAAGAUGUACUCGGACUUAAUUUGCGUAGCUUCAGCGAGGGAGUCGUAAAGCCACCGGCUAUGAUGGUUUCGAAGCUAAUACCUCGCUACACUGUUGUUGCCAACGGGCAGUGGAACCAUAUGCAUUCGCAGUUCCGCCAUACCAUUCCCUCCGAACGCUUCCCUGUCGAAAAGGGCCGAUACGUGCUGUACAUCAACUACGUAUGUCCCUGGGCACACCGAACCACCAUCGUACACGCUUUGAAGGGGCUAGAAGAUGUUAUAGACGUAGUGGAGGUGGAUGCGAGGGAUGCAUCGCAUGGCUGGUUCUUCUCUGGGCGUAGCGGGCCCAAGCGAGACCCUGUGUCCGGCGCGAGGUGUCUAAAAGAGAUCUAUCUGAAGGCAGAUCCAAGCUACAACGGGAGAAUCACCAUCCCUUUGCUGUGGGAUCAACAUCAUGGUACCGCGGUCAACAACGAAAGCGCAGACAUCAUCCGCAUGCUGUUUGAUGCCUUCGACCCUCUUCUUCCUCCAGAGCGUCGCGAGGUCAACAAGGGAGUGGCUGCCUUCAGACCCCCGCAUAUCCGGAAAGAAAUGGAUUCAUUUCUCUCUUGGGUAUUCGACACAGUGAAUAACGGCGUGUACAAGGUCGGCUUCGCGACAUCGCAGGCAUCCUAUGACGAACAUGUCAGCAAGCUGUUCCAGUCGCUGGAUCGCCUUGAGGAGCACCUUUCGCAGCCCAAGCACUACCCAUACCUUUUUGGACAACAUAUCACCGAGGCUGACGUUCGGCUGUACACAACGCUCGUUCGCUUCGACGUGGCGUACUACCCCUUCUUCAAAUGCAAUCUGAAGAUGAUACGCUCAGACUAUCCGCGCCUUCACGCGUGGUUGAGACGCCUCUAUUGGAGUGAUGGGCCCGAAACAAAUGGUGGCGCUUUUCGGACAACCACCCAUUUCGAUUUGAUCAAGGAAGGAUACGCAGCUGUGACUGCUAGUAGAGGCGUUGUACCGAUGUGCCCGACGCCUCCGAUCAUGCCCUUGUAAAGACCACUACCUUUGUAAUGGCAGCGCUUUUUUUUUUUUU